AUGAUGUUCAUGAAUAAGGAUUGCGACCCGAUUCUAUGUCGUACCUUCCCAACUUUCCUAGAUGGAGUCGCCCUAAUUUGGUUUUCCAACCUCCCUGAAGGUUACAUUUCGAACUUUGACGAACUAUCAGACCAGUUCGUCAACCACUUCGCCGCAUCCAAAAUAUAUGUCCACAACUUUGAUUACCUAAGCACCAUCAAACAGGGACCAAACGAAAGCCUAAAAGAUUACAUGACCAGGUUUGCCGAAGCAACCAACGAGAUACCUAACAUAAACCCCGAAGUCCACCUCCACGCCUUAAAGAGCGGCCUCCAACCAAGAAAAUUUCAAGAAUCCAUAGUCAUCGCAAAGCCAAAGACCUUGGUCGAGUUCCGCAAAAAAGCAACGACACAGAUCGAAGUCGAAGAAUUCCGAACACUGCGAAGAGCAGAUAAACCUAUCUCAAACAGAGAGGAGGAAAGGCAAAACUGGCAAUCAAACGGCAGAACAGAUCAGAGAACGUCCAGGCUAACACCCAAAUUCGACAACUACACCCCCCCUAAAUGCAAAAAGGGAGGACAUCAUAAAGGACAUAUUGAACUCAAAACUCAUCAAACCCCCAAACAGGGCCGGUACAUAUCAGGACCAACGACACGUGGAUAG